AUUAUAUACUGAUAUACAUAUAAUCUUUACAAACUUAUAACAAGAGAAAUGGAUAAAAAAUGGAGUGUGGUGAUGAUGAUGUUCGUUUUGGUAGUGAUGGCUGCCAGUGGAGGAGAAGCAGCAAGUCACUCAUGUACAUUAAAAUGUGAACUCACUUGCAGCGACUGGGAGUUCAAAACACCUUGUUUCAAACAGUGUAUGGCCGCAUGCGAGCAUCAUCCAUCUACAAGUACUCCUUCUUCAAUGAAAUCCACAGUCGCAGAUACUAAACCGAUGGAAGAAAUGAGAGGGUAGAGAAAUUUUAAGAAGUUGUCGUGAUGGAUACUUUCCUUAUCUUUUUUCUUCUAUAUGUAAAAGAUAAUCUAUAAUAAGAUGAAUAUUAGUCAUAAUGUUAAGUUUCUUAUAUUCGGGAAAUGGGA